AGAGAUGGAGAGACAGCUGUUGGAGCUGGAGAAGCAGAGACGAGCAGAGAGAGAGGGGAAGGAGAGAGAGCAGGAGCGAGUGAGGCAGCUGCUGCAGCAGCAAGAAAUGGAGAGACAGAGGGCUGUGGAGCGGGAGAGGGAAACGAUGAGAAGGGAGGAAGUGAUGUCGUCGCUCAGGCCCGGGGUGCUGGACCUGGACUCCGUGUCCCUGGCCGACCGGCACUUUAAGGUCUCCCAGGGCAGCGACCCCGGCAGCGUCCGGUCCAAGCUGCCCUCCCCGCGCGCGGAGGACGCUUACCGGCCCGGCAUCCUGGACAUCGACUCCUUCCGCUCCCAGCCCCGCCCCUCCCCGCCGGGCCCGGCCUUCCCCGCGGCGGGCAUCCAGGGCCAGCCCCGCACCCCCGAGGCCCCGGAGAGGCCCUUCGGGAGGCCCGGCCCCGUGUGGUCCGCCUCCCAGCUGGAGUUCUGGGAGCACCGAGGGGGAGACGCUCCCCCUGCCCCUGGCGGCUGGGCGGCCCCCGAGCCCCCCCAGAAGCCGGCCGGCAAGCCCAUCCUGGAGCAGCUGCUGCUGGCGCACGAGGAGAGGCUGGCGGCCCCCAGCCUGGUCCCCGAGCGCCGCUGGUCCGGUCUGCCCGUCGACUCCGCCGCCUGGGCGCCCUCUCCCGGGAGGGAGACCGUAGGGGCUGCCGCUCCUCAGUCUAAUCGCCAUGGUUACGCCGACCUCGCCUUCCUGGAGUCUCCCUGGUUGCCCCGGGAACCUGUCGCUCCUGUGCCGCUGGUCCAGAGAGGAGAGUCAGUGGCCCUUCGAGGACAGCAAAGCCUUCAGGCCAAGGACCUGACGCGGGCGCGGUCGCGGAGCGUGUCGCGCAGGUCGGCGCCGGCGGAGAGCCCCCUGGAGGGGCCGCUGUCCCGCAUGAGGAGCCGCAGCGCCCACCGGGAGAAGGACCUGCGCUCCUGGGAGCAGCUGAAGCGGUGUGCGGGCGCUGAGGAGGAGGGGCGGGACACGGACACGCUCGUCCAGGAGACGGACAGCCAGUACGGGACGUGGGACACCGGGCUGCGUACGGAUGACAGCCUGACGCCGGCCACCCCUUCUUCUGACAGCAACCUCAGCUCGUCGCCGCGGAAACAGACGCCCCCGCUCACGCCCGGGGGUCCCGCCACGCCCAGCGACGUCGACACUCCCGACGGCCUGUCCCCCGCGCCCCUGCCCGGGGCGGAGCCCCUCCCUUUCCCUGAGACCUCCACCACCCUGCUGGACUCCAGCGCUCUGCGCUCGCGGGUGCAGCUGGCUAAGAGGCGCAGUAAACGCUUGCUGCCAUCGCGGGCCGCCCGCCAGAGCGCCGCGCUCUCCGUGCUGCAGGAGGGCCAGGGCGGGGCCGGCGACGACUGGCACUUCCGCGACUCCACAGAGGAGAGGGCGGAGAGCUCGAAGCAGGAGGACUCGGACCCGGAGGAGCAGGCCAGAGGAGCGGAGCUCCGCCCCCCGGCCUCCCAGCCGCAGAGGGUCGCUCUCUUCCCCGGGAUGGACCCCUCCGCCCUCAAGGCCCAGCUGAAAAAGAGGGGCGACUCUGACAAUCAGGUCGACGGAGCCUCUUCUUCCGCCUCUCAGCUGUCCCGCUCCCCCAAAUCGCCAUUCCUCCCCCGAGCCUCCCGCGUGCUGCCCCCUGCUGGCGGGAAAGAGAACGGAGAAGAGUCUUCACCUCAGUGGCUGCGGGAACUCAAAUCUAAGAAGCGCUUGAGUCAGUAUGAAAACGACGCUUAGAGGAAGAGGACAAGGUUGCCUUAAAAAUGGGGAAUGUGUAGAGGACGUGACAGAAGCCUUAACCUUUGACCUGGAAAUGAACGGAACCCUGCUACUGCUGCUGCUGACGUGACUUUUUGUGUUUUUCUGUUUACUUCCUGCCUGGGUCGCGAAACAUGUGCAUGGUGCCUUCAUAGAACAUAUAGUUUUUGUGGACAACACAAGCGAGGAGAAACGGACGUUCAACCGGGUGCUCCUCUCGUGCGUUUCAACACCCAGCUUCUUUAGAUGUCUUUAUGUCCCAGGAAUCCCAGCAUAGAGCCACUUUACUGUCGCUGCACAGGGAGAUGGAGGAUGGGGAGGACCAUUUCUUUCCCAGUUUUUGUUGCACUUCAGGAAGGUUUAGCCUGCAGGACCAAGCACCUCUUAACCUGGAAGUGCUUCCUGAAACUGGUAGAUGGACCAGAAACCCCAUCGAUUGUUGUCAUUUGUUUUCUUGUUUUCUUUACGUUUUGAGAUUAUUGUAUGCAUUUUGGUGUAUCAUUUCAUCUGUCAGUCGACAGGUUUAGGAAAUGGCCACACACAUGAAUUGCCAUAGAUUCCCUAUUUUUUUCCCUUUCAAUCAUAGAGGUUAUGGAGAAAACAAAAAAUACAGAAAUAAUAACUUGACAUACAGUAUAUUAUAGGUCUUUGACAUAAUGGUGGCAACUGUAAUCAUGAAAUGUGCUAUGUAUUGUAUUGUUGCUGAUUGGAAUGAGUUAUCAAAUGAGGCAAAAGGAAUAAAAUAAAAUGCAGCCGGUUAGCCAGGACAGCACAUCCCUAUAGAUUCUAGCAGGGAAUUAAUUCUAAUGUCCCAAGGUCUUUUGGAUAGUGCUCACCACUCAGCAGAACAAAUAGCGGAGUUUUAUUUCACUGCAGUAAUUUAAUUCCCGUUCAUCGAUGGCUUUAAAGCGAGUGGGGAGAAGGCCUCGUCUCCAGACCGUUGGUCAUCCUGUUUCCAUGGGGAUGGCCAUUUGCAGCCCUGUCCAGGCUUGUGCCAAAAUAUGGCCGCUCAUUCUCGGGGCUGUUUCAGAAACACAUUCUUCAGUGUUUCUGAAAGCCGCUGCGGGUUUUGUAUUUGCAAAAGGGCCUUUCACCAGAGAGGUGUCUGCAUCAUGCAGGCUCUCUACCAAUCAUGCAGGAAAUGGGCUCUAUGCUAAUUACUGUACGCUAAUUAAUUAUCCAUUUAUCAGAAGGGACUUGCCAGAAACACUGUUUUGUACACAUUUGCAAAGAAAUAUUUGUCUGCCCACCUGUCGCUAGUUUAUAGGCGUUAAAGUAUAUAUUUGAUGAUCAUGGCCAGUAGAUGAAGUGAUAUUUCUGUAGUUUACAGUUAUGGAUGAGCCAAGGUGUGUUUUGUCUGCCUUGUGCAGCUAUACUAUAGGCCUGUGGGUAUGUUGAAUUUUAAAAAAAAAGAAUACACUCUGUUCAGUCUAACUGUGCUGUGAUCAUAUAAAUAUGCAACCCGAUCAUAUUCUGCAUCAUCCAAUAUGGACACAUAAAAACAUGUGUAAUGGCAAUGUAGUGCAAUUGAUGGAAAUCCAUGUUGCUGAUUGGAUGGGGACGUGUUUCCAUGGCCAUUCCUGACAUGUCGGUUUUUUGGUCAGAAGACCGUGAUGUUCCCGUGAUGGUCAGAGACAUUCUGUUUGGUGCUGAGUGCUAAGGAAACUGAUACGGUUUCAGCAUCUCGCCGAUAUUUCGCCCUUUUGGCCACUCGAUGACUGGGGAGUUUAGCCUUGGUGAAAGUGGCUUUGGGAAUUUACCGGAAGGUUUAAUUUUGUCGAAUCACAACCGAGACACUGCUGUUGUACCCACGGACAAGUAUUUCAGUAAAUCCAUCUUUAUUGAUUGGUGGAGUUUCAACCCGCAAGUACUGUACGCCUCCCAUACGUAGGGCUGUGUUUCAGCAUAUGGAUCGGUGCAGAGUAACAGUUUAUUUCCAGCGCACUCCACUGCUAGCCCUGCUACUCGUUUCCCCAUGUGCUGCAGCACACUUUCUUUCACCAUUAUGUUUUUUUGUUAGCGCUUGGUGCCUCCUGAAACCUCCUAACCUGAAUGUGUUCCUCACACUAGUUUCCCCCACCCCCCCACCCCCCCCCAACAACACUCCUCAUCCUUCCAAUAAGCACUUUGAGACUGUUGACGGACAGCAAUAGUGACCAAUGUUCUGCCCUCCUGGCCCACAGCAUGUCCUGCCUUCCACAUAUUGAUGGGUUGAUGUUGGAAUGCUGAUGAAAUGCAACUUAAAUGUAUUCAUUUGGAUCUUUCUGUUGAGGCCUCAGUCUCUUCUGUGUGUAUAUCAAUGUUGUUAAUCUCAGUAAUGCUAUUUUUGUCAGUAAAAAGAGGGGCUUUUUUAUCUUGGUUUCUCCUGUUUUUUUUUUUAUUUGAAAGAAUAAGAUGUAUAUUGCACUGUGUUGUGAGACCGGUGUCAAAAUGUAUAAAUUCUUAAUAAAAAUUUACUAUUAAAUGAGCAUUUGACUGUGAUGAUGCUACUGAUCUGAUCACUGUGACACGCUUGCAUAAUAUUUCACCUUUUUUCUUGGUUAGCCUGUACAGUAUGUGCACAGAAAUAAUAUGCUUCGGCUUAGGACAGCCAGCUAUCUUACGAUUAUUAUAUUUUCCAGCGAAUGUGUUUUUGAGAGUUCACCACUGGUGUGAAAACAGAAACUUGGUAUUGGUAUUGGCUGAUAAGCUACGAUGUAUGCCCAGUAUGAUGAGCUGAUAGGAGGAUGAAAAAUACGCCAAAGACAGCACGUUUGAUAUACUGCUGAUCCUUUUAAAAAGUGAAAA